AUGUUUCCCAGCCCCAGCACGUCCACUCCCUUCUCUGUAAAGGAUAUAUUAAACUUGGAGCAGAGUCAUGACGUUAUGGUGUCUUCUCUGGAUGUUUCUUCUCGUAUGGACUGCUGCACCGUGCCGACCUCCUCCUCCACCUCCUCCUCCUCCUCCUGCAUGCUGGCCCGCCUGAAACAGGAGCCUCUGCGGGACAUGUCGUCCGCCACCUCGCUGUUUGGAGAAGACCUCCAAGAGCCCAAAACCGGCAGAGGCAAUGCACUCAACUUUGCUACUACCUUUUAUGGGAAAUCACUCAUAGAGAUGGAUAUAGUUAAGGAAGGGAAAGGGGACUCGUUUGAGGGGAAACGCAGAAAAGAGGAGUUCAGUCCUCCGGCCGAUCCCGUGGAUCACAUGAAGCCCGAGGAUCCGGACCGCCCGAAGCCUCGGAGACGCAGGAAGCCGCGGGUCCUCUUCUCCCAGGCGCAGGUGUACGAGCUGGAGCGGCGCUUCAAGCAGCAGAGGUACCUGUCCGCCCCGGAGAGAGACCACCUGGCCGGGGUACUCAAACUCACCCCGACCCAGGUGAAGAUCUGGUUCCAGAACAGGAGGUACAAGUGCAAGCGGCAGAGGCAGGACCAGAGUCUGGAGAUGGUGUCUCUGCCGCCGCCCAGGAGGGUGUCAGUGCCGGUGCUGGUGCGGGAUGGCAAGCCUUGCCUCGCGGCAGACACAGCCACCUACAACCCGUCCUACAGCAUGGGUCACAUCAACCAUUUCACUUAUAACAACUACCCGGCUUUCAGUAACUACACCAGCCCCGGAUGCAACACAAACUAUGCGUGUAAUUACCCAGCAGCCACGAUGCAAACUAUGCAAGGAUCCUCCAACAACGGGAAUUACAUGAACUUCGGUGUAGGGGAGCUGAAUAAUGUCCAGAACACAUUUUCCUCCAGUAAUGGUGUGUCUUCAUUACAUGGCAUUAGGACAUGGUGAAAGGGAGGGUGGUCCAGAUAUGAAAUAGGCAAUAACUCUUCCAGAUAACGGGCUUAAUGGCUGACUGCAUGCAUAAGUACAAAUGUCAAGAUUUUGCGGAGUUUUGUGUAACUUCUCUUAUAUUUAAUAAUUUACUUUUGAUAGUUGUUCGUUUUUGUUCAGCACCAGUUUUUGUCUGAAUACAUUUAUUUUCGUGGCAUUAAAGCACAGACGUGUUUGACAGAAUAGGAAAACAAGACACGACAGAAUAAAACAAAGAAUCAAGCCCAAUUCUUUAAAUGCUGAAUUUGCCCAAUUUUUUGUCAUUGUUUAAUAUUUUAUCAUAUGAAAAUCAGGAUGUA